AUGAGCAACCGCGUUUUGUUACACCAUUUGCUGACAAACCUAACAAUGCAUUCACUGAUCAACGCUUUCAAUGUCUUAUUGAUCGCUAUAUUUGUGUCCACAAACUUCGCGGUCGACCCGACCGGCGCUCACCGGCAACAGUCUAUCGCGGUCAUCGGCGGUGGUGUUGGCGGCGGUUCUGCGGCCUAUUUUCUGAACCAAUUGUGCCAAAGAGGUGGCCAUCAAUCGGCUCUCGCAGACAUUGGUAUCGAUUUAUAUGAGAAGAGAGGCGAAAUGGGCGGCCGUUUGGCCACUCAAGACAUUAAUGGCCAUCAGUACGAGACGGGCGGAUCCGUUAUACACGAUCGCAACCAUUACGCCAAACAACUCUCAGCGGCAUUGAAUCUCAUGAAACGGCAGUCAAACCCAGAAUCCGACGAAAAGCUGUGUUUAUAUAACGGAAAGGGAUUUGAUUUCUGCGAAAGUUCUUUCAAUUUAAUCACUUAUUUUAAGAUUUGGUUUCGCUAUGGCUUUGAUGUCAACAAACUUCAGUCAAAAGUGUCCAAAAUUAUUGAUUCAUUUGAUAAUGUAUAUAAAUUACAAGAAUCGUUGGUUAAGUUUGAUUCAGUGGACCGACUCCUAACCGCCAUGAGUCCAGAGAUUUAUAAUUUAACAAAAAUCUCGUACAAAAACUUCUUAAUGGACGCCAAAUACUCGAAGAAGUUUAUCGACGAAUUGGUUCAGUCGAUAUCGUUAGUCAAUUACGGACAGGACGUCUCUAUUCCUGCAUUUGUUGUUAUAAUCACCGAUAGACUGUUGCCGGUGAGCGCCGGUCGGGUCGACCGCGAAGCAAUAUACUCUUUUCUAUCACUUCUAAUACCGCCAAUUGACAACGACAUUAGCAUAUAA